AUGGCGGAAUGCAUCAUGAUUCGAGGCCUUUGGCUGUUGGGGGAUGCCGAGCAGAGGCUCAUGAUGGACCUCGUGACGGUGGAAGAUGUCUUCUACCCAAUGAAAGGCUGGCUGUCUUCAAUCCUUACAAGACCCAAUCGCCGGAAGCACCGCUGGGUCACGGAGUCCGGCACGAAGCUGCGAUGGCUGGGAACCGGUGUUUGGUCAGGUUGGCACAUCGACACCCGGGAUGGCCAGCAAAGCCUUUGGUUCCACGAGAACCACGAGUUGCCGGAGCCGCCGGAGAAGGGCUGGCAGUUCUGGCACAAUGGGCGAUACCACCAGAGCAAGCUGUGGUUGGUGGAUGUCGACAAGGCUUUGCCCAGCAUGUUGUGCUUUAAGUGUGACUCUCGGCACGAGCCCCACAUGCCGGUGCCAGCUGCAGUGGAGGCA